CAGGGUCUGUCGGUUGGAUCAUAUUGCAUGGGCACAUAUAGAAAAAGAAAUGUUUGGGCUGAUCUGUUGAAUUCAGUCCAGAAAUGUCAUAUUGAGGCAACACAAAGCGGAGAGAGGAGGAAGGCACUGCCAGCAGGACCAAACUUCCCUCCCAUCAGCAGCAGCAGCGUGCUCCUAACCUGUUGGUCGGUGCACCGCGGUGAAAAGCAUGAAAACUGGGAUCCAGCAGCUCUCAGGACGAGUGAGAGGAAGGUGCGCACCAACGAGCUGAACCCUCAGGGUGAGCACAGGCUGUCAAUAGGGAACCAUGUGUAGCACCCUGAGCCCCAAACAGCCCGGUGGCCCCGGCUUCACAGACAUGCAGCAGUAUCACCAGUGGCUGGCCAGUCGACAUGAAGCCAGCCUGCUGCCCAUGAAGGAUGACCUGGCCCUGUGGCUCACUAAUAUUCUCGGUCUGGAAAUCACCGCUGAGAGUUUCAUGGAUCGCUUAGACAAUGGCUUCCUGUUGUGCCAGCUGGCUGAGACACUUCAGGAGAAGUUCAGGCAAAAUAAUGGAGACCUGCCGGCCUCUGGCGACAGCAAGAGUAUUCCCUCUCGGAGGAUACCAUGUCGGCAGAGCGCUCCCUCCGGUUCCUUUUUUGCACGAGACAACACAGCCAACUUCCUGUCCUGGUGCCGUAAGGUUGGAGUUGGAGAAACAUGUCUGUUUGAGUCAGAGGAUUUAGUUCUUCACAAGCAGCCACGAGAAGUGUGCCUCUGUCUUCUAGAGUUGGGACGGAUAGCAUCACGUUAUAACGUGGAGCCUGGCCUUAUAAAACUGGAGAAAGAGAUCGAACAAGAAGAAAAGGCACCUCCACCACCUCCAUCGCCUGUAUCCCCAGCUCCAGCCCUUCCUCCAUCUCCCUCUUUAUCUCCUACCCCGUCUCCGACUCCAUCUCUGACUCCAACCAAAGUCAGCUCUAGCAAGAAAAGUACAGGAAAGCUGUUGGAUGACGCUGUGAGGCAUAUUUCUGAAGAUCCCCCCUGCAGAUGUCUGAACAAAUUCUGUGUGGAAAGACAUUCACAGGGUCGAUACCGCGUCGGGGAGAAGAUGCUUUUCAUCCGGAUGCUACACAACAAGCACGUGAUGGUGCGUGUUGGUGGAGGCUGGGAGACCUUUGAGAGCUACCUGCUGAAACACGACCCAUGCCGCAUGCUCCAAAUCUCCCGGGUGGAGGGCAAGAUGUCCCCCGUCAGCAGUAAGUCCCCCAACAUCAAGGACCUCACGCCUGACAGCUACCUGGUGGUGGCAGCCCACUACCGCAGCAAAAAGUGAAGACUGAAACGUGCCUUUCAUAAAAGGAGGGUGACUUCUUGCCAUUGUUUACUCUCUAAUGGAUGUGGCUAUAUAACAUAUACCUGUUCUUAUACAUAUUAUGGCUACAGACACAACUGGUGUGUGUGAGUGUAGACAGCAAGUAUACAUUUUCCCCGAGGGCAAUGUAUUGUUUCUCCAUUUUAAUUUUCCAUUUGGCUGAUAUUGUUAUGUUGAAUACACGGGUCGCUUUAGUGGGCACCGCACUCAAGUUGCAAAUUGAACUUUAAUUAUGACAUUAGAAGAAUAAGUGGAAACUUUACUGUCCAAAGAAAUGUAAUCUUUACAUGAUACUACCCUGUAUAUAGUAUCCUUGUAAAAACGGUCAAUGCUCCCCUAGAAACCAAACAUUGGUCAUACAUUGUUAUGGCUCUUUUCUUUAUGAUGUAUUUUUUUUAUUAGGCUAAGAAAGUAAAGCAAUGCUUAGACUGUUUACAUGCUGAAUAACUAUUCAAUGAAAUGCAUUUUUAUACUUUUAUCAUUUUUUUAAAAAACAAUUAUUCAUUAUUAGGAUAGCUCCUGUUUUAUAUCAUUUCUAUUGUAAGAUCAUGAGUAAUCCCCCGUACAAGAUGCUGUACGUAACAGAACCUCAUUGAUUUAUGAUUGAUGCAAUUCUUCAAUGUGUUGUAUGUGACUGACCUCUAGAGGUAGUGCAAUCAUUGGAACUUGAUCAUCUCUGUUUCGUUUCUUACAAUUAAUAGAUUCACAACGUUAUCGUUCAAUGUAUUAAUUUGUGAACUCUUUUCCCUGGAAAAUGAAUAUGUGUGUUUGGCACGAGAUCACUCGCUAUGCAAACAGGCUUGUAUGUGAAGUACAUAAGUCCAAUUUGUGUUUAAGAUGUAAAUUUUCAAUAAAUUCUCACAUUUUUAAUCUUCAUAAUUUGAAA